GAAAAAAUCCAAGUGCCAACACUCAUCCUACAAAUCGGAGUCGCCGGAAAUGGCGCCGGCGGCGACCAAGGGAACGAGUCCACCAGUGAGCUCGCAGAAAAUGAGCUCAAGGGUUUUACUCUACUCCAUUCUUCUCACUCUUCAAUACGGCGCGCAGCCUCUGAUCUCCAAACGUUGCACAAGGCGAGAAGUCAUUGUGACUACAUCUGUCUUAACGUGCGAGUUAGCAAAGGUUAUAUGUGCCUUAAUUCUCUUGGCAAAAGAAGGUACUUUGGGGAAAUUAUUCAAUAAUUGGACUUUGAUUGGCUCAUUGACUGCAUCCGGACUUCCUGCAGCUAUUUAUGCACUGCAAAAUAGCUUGCUGCAGAUAUCCUACAAGAAUCUUGAUUCACUGACCUUCUCCAUGCUGAAUCAGACAAAAAUAUUCUUCACUGCUUUCUUUACAUAUAUAAUAUUGAGGCAGAAGCAAUCAAUACAACAAAUUGGGGCCCUAUUUCUCUUGAUCAUGGCAGCUGUUCUUCUAAGUAUUGGUGAAGGCUCCAGUAAAAGUUCUAGUACUGAUGACCCUGACCAAAUUUUAUUCUACGGGAUUGUGCCUGUCUUGGUUGCAUCUGUCCUAUCAGGUCUGGCUUCUUCUUUGUGUCAAUGGGCUUCUCAGGUUAAGAAGCACUCCUCAUACUUGAUGACUAUCGAAAUGUCUAUUGUUGGUAGUCUAUGCUUGUUAGCUAGCACCUCUAAAUCUCCAGAUGGAGAAGCUAUAAGAAAACAUGGAUUCUUUUAUGAGUGGACUCCACUAACUUUGAUCCCUGUUAUAACAAAUGCUCUUGGUGGAAUUCUGGUUGGCCUAGUUACAACACAUGCUGGUGGCGUUAGAAAGGGGUUUGUCAUCGUAUCUGCACUUCUUGUUACAGCCUUCCUGCAGUUCAUUUUUGAAGGGAAACCACCUUCACUGUACUGUCUCAUAGCUUUUCCCCUUGUCGUUACUAGCAUCUCAAUCUACCAGAAGUAUCCAUACAAAGUCAAAAAGAAGGAAGCCUAAUCCUUAACCACUACAAUGUGGCAGAUUCUAUUACAAUUACUCAAUUAUACAGUUUCCAUUUGGUCUCUUGUAAAUCCUACUUUGCAGCAGGGGAGUCACCGGAUUUUUGGGAGUGUCCUCAUAGAAUCG